UCUCACCCACAAAGAUAAAAAAUAUUUGAUGUUCUUAAAGAGUAGGAGGACAUCUAGCAAAAAAUGACAAGUCAACCAACCUCAAACACACAGAAACCCAAGAAAAAAGGAGAAAAAGCUGGCAGACAAACAGAAUCCAGAGGCUCUGCUGUACUGAGCACAUCCUGCAGAAAUGAGAAUUGCAUGGCAUUUUGAGAGUGAACAUGAGCAAAACUCUCUUCACAAUGGCUACAUUUUAAGCUUUUUCUUUUUUUGCUGUGCCAUUUAAUGAGCCUCUAUUCUUCUCCUUGGGUGCAGAAAUAACAAGAACUGAGAAAACCAUUCACAAAAAUAAAAAAAAGCUGAAGUCUGGGUGGUGCCGAGACACCUCCAAACCGAAAAUGCCUCAAUUUGAAAUCCAAUAAUCACCUCAUGCUUAUAGAGAGUGAAUAAACAUGCCAUUUGCCUUGAUUUUUGAAAUACUAAAUUCACAAUUAACACUAUAAACUACAGUUUGGUAGAAAAUCACUUUGUCUCACCAGGUAAAGUGUUGCAGGUGUUUGUGUUUAGCUGGUCUGCAGCGUUGUCUUUGAACAGAUCUGCAGUAAUUAGACUGUAUCCCUGCAUUGGUCUAUUUACAGCAUCAUGUGAGACAAGUGCAGUGCCUCCCCUGCAUCCUGUGCGUCUCAUGGUGAGCUGGACCAGAGCCAAACCUAUGACAUGACCCCACCACACCUUGAUUUCUCGUGGACCCGCGUCGUCUUUAUCUCACGGCUUAAUUAAGGAUUGCAGCAGGAAACCGAUUGUAUUCAUUUGCGUCCUUGGAUCAUAUCGAAGUAACUCCAACAGCGUUUUCUACAGUAACAGUGCCUGAUAAUUGAGAUCAAAUGAACCAAAAAAGUCUCAGAGAUUCUGCAGCUCAGGUGGGUGAGUCCUCAGGGAAAUGAAUCAAACAUCACAUGUGCACAGUAAGGUCAAUGUGGCGCAAAGUUGGCGCUCUUUGGACAGAAAUGGGUUGUCAUAGUUUGUGUCUCUGUACAUGGAAAUAGUCCGGUCAGAUCAGUGCGCAGCGCAGCGGGGACGCGUGCAGGAGGAGGCGGUCAGUCCUCACCAUCACUCCCAUUGGCUGCAGCAGGAUGCUCCGCGUCUCUCCCGUUUCCUUGAUCCUCACAUGCAACUGGAGCUGACGGAGGUUUGCGAUGGAGCGAAGGAGGGAACCUUCACCUGCGAGUGUCGCCCUGUCGUCCGGUUUAACGGGAAACUGCAGGCUGUAUGGAGGGAUGUCGGCAUGGCUUGCACCAGGAGAACCAAAACUUUGGUGUCCACAUGCGUGAUCCUGAGCGGCAUGACCAACAUUGUUUGCCUGCUCUAUGUCGGAUGGGUUACUAAUUACAUCGCCAAUAUUUACAUCAAAGUCCCCAUGCCUUUACCGGAGAGAAAGUUAGAGGGUGACAAAAAGGGAGACACUCUCCGGAUCAUGGAGCGGCUUGAUCGCCUGGAGAAUGUGGUCAACCAGCAUAUUCAAGAGACUCCAGGGAGGGGAGAGGACAGUCAGGCGGACACAUCAUUCUCUGACUCGUCGCUGUUCGCUCACUGGGGUCAGGAGCUCGCCCCGGACAACCGGCGGGUGGCGCUGAAGAUGUUUCAGUACUACGGCUAUAACGGCUACCUCAGUGAUCGCCUCUCUUUAGACAGGCCAAUACCAGACCUCAGGCCUGAUGGGUGCAGAAACAUCACUUAUCCUUUAAACCUCCCUCAAGUGAGCAUUGUGUUCAUUUUUGUGAAUGAAGCCUUGUCCGUCAUCCUACGGUCCAUUCACUCUGCCAUCAAAAGGACGCCCUCCCACCUUCUCAAAGAGAUAAUCCUGGUGGACGACAACAGCAGUAACAAUGAGCUAAAGGAGAAGCUGCAGGAUUUUGUGUCUGAGACUAACAGCCAACGUCCAGGAUUCAUCAAGAUGGUGAGGCAUGCCAAGCAGGAGGGUCUGAUCCGGUCUAGAGUGAGCGGGUGGAGGGCUGCCACUGCGCCAGUUGUUGCCCUGUUUGAUGCCCACGUUGAGUUCAAUGUUGGCUGGGCUGAACCCAUUCUCCAGAGAAUUAAAGAAGACAGAACCCGCAUAAUCUCCCCUUCAUUUGAUAACAUCAAGUAUGACACGUUCGAGAUUGAAGAGUAUCCGCUGUCUGCUCAGGGCUUUGACUGGGAGCUGUGGUGUCGCUACCUCAACCCACCCAAGUCCUGGUGGCACAAGGGCAACAAGAGCGCUCCCAUCCAGAGCCCUGCCCUGAUUGGUUGCUUCGUGGUGGAUAGGCUGUACUUUGAGGAGAUAGGUUUGCUGGAUGAAGGGAUGGAGGUGUACGGGGGAGAAAAUGUGGAAUUGGGCAUCAGGGUGUGGCAGUGUGGCGGCAGUGUUGAGGUCCUGCCUUGUGCUCGCAUCGCCCACAUCGAGCGCGCUCACAAACCCUACACGGAGGAUCUGACGUCUCACGUGCGGCGGAACGCCCUCAGAGUGGCAGAAGUUUGGAUGGAUGAGUUUAAAAGCCAUGUCUACAUGGCCUGGAACAUUCCCGUGGAGGACUCAGGGAUUGAUAUUGGUGAUAUCUCUGAAAGGAAGGCUCUGAGGAAAAGGCUGCAGUGUAAAACUUUCCGAUGGUAUCUGGUCAACAUCUACCCCGAGAUGAGGAUGUACAGCGACACCAUCGCAUACGGAGUACUGAAAAACUCUCUGAAGAAUGAUCUGUGUCUGGACCAGGGGCCUGACAAUGACAACGUCCCCAUCCUGUAUCUCUGUCACGGGAUGACGCCUCAGAAUGUGUACUACACCAGUACUCAGCAGCUCCACAUCGGGCUGCUCAGUCCCACCGUUGACGACGAUGACAACAAGUGCCUGGUGGAUGUGAACAGCAGACCACGCCUCAUCGAGUGCAGCUAUGCCGCAGACAAACGCAUGAAGCUCCACUGGCUCUUCACUCAGGGAGGAUCCAUUCAGAACAGGAAAUCAAAGAGAUGCCUAGAGCUGGUAGCAAGCAGUGACAAUGAGUUCGGCUACCAACUGGCUCUGCAGAAAUGCACCGGACAGAAAUGGUUCAUCACAAACGUGCUGUUUAGCAGUUCCUUAUGAUUGUCUGCUGAAAGGAGCACUGGAGCGAAUAGCACACCGGACUUGAUGGAGUUGCUUCUUUUGUGUGCACAUGUGUAUGCGCGUGUGUGUGCGUAGAGUGUGUCUGUGUGUGUAAGAAUACAAUACAGGAGUCAGAGAGGAUGAGCGAUGCAUGGUUGAACAUGUUCAUUUUGAGCACCACAGAGUCCUCUGAUGAGCAGUCGACAUCACAUCGUAAAUGUUAAACAUUUUAUUUUGCCUACAGGAUCAGCCAUAGUUGGCGGAUAUUUUGCAUUGCCAGAUUUGCCAAGGUAGUAUAUUUAGUAUAUUUUGUGGUAAAUACAGUACAGUCAGAUUUUCGUUGACUUAAAAGAUGUAAUGGGUCCAAUAUGUUUUUCUACUUUGUUCAUAAUUGCUACUGUGUAGCAUGCUUUCUGAACCUGUCCCUGCUAUAAUUAUUUAAUUUAGUGUCUCAGGUUUGUAGGUUUAUUAUGCGAUUCAGCUGUACAGUUGUGGGAAAAUGUUGGAAUAAAUCUGAAAAUUAUAGAUUAUUUUCUAAAUGUACAUAUCCCAAAUAUUUGUAAUAU